AUGGGUCAGAAAUCCAAGGAUACGCUGGCUGUCCGGCCUCAGAGCCGCGGUCGCCGCUCUCCGAGUCGUUCCCCCAAGCCGAAGAACCGCAAGCCUAUUCAGACACAACCCACCAGCUACGCGUCAGACGGCGUCAAGGAAAAUGAUAUCCUCAACCUCCCCGCUUCCGACUACAAGCUGCUGGUGCUGGUAACGCUGAUUGCCGCGGCCGUGCGCCUGUUCCGCAUCUAUGCACCUGCCAGCGUUGUCUUCGAUGAAGUUCACUUCGGUGGCUUCGCUUCCAAAUACAUUAAAGGUCGCUUCUUCAUGGAUGUCCACCCCCCGCUCGCUAAACUCCUGAUCACGCUGGCUGGCUGGCUAGCCGGCUUCGAUGGAGAGUUUGAUUUCAAAGACAUUGGCAAGGACUAUCUUGAGCCCGGCGUGCCUUAUGUGGCAAUGCGUUUGCUGCCCGCGAUUAUGGGUGUCCUGACCGUCUCCUUGAUGUUCCUUACCCUAAAGGCCACCGGCUGCCGGACUGUGACUGCGGUUUUGGGUGCUGGCAUCGUCAUCUUCGACAAUGCGCUCACUACCCAAUCGCGAUUGAUUCUCCUGGACUCUCCUCUGAUUUUCUUCACUGCGUUGACGGCGCUUACUUUCAACUGCUUCACCAAUCAACAGGAAAUGGGCCCGUCUCAUGCCUUCAAGGGCCCCUGGUGGUUUUGGUUGGUAGCCACGGGAUUCUCGCUAGGGGCCACCCUCAGUGUCAAGUGGGUUGGUCUCUUCACAAUGGCUUGGGUCGGCUCUCUCACGGCUCUCCAACUUUGGGUCUUGCUUGGGGAUACUCGCACGGUUACCCCGCGACUGUGGUUCAAGCACUUUUUCGCUCGUGUCUUCUGUCUGAUUGUGAUUCCUCUUGGAUUCUACCUUGCCAUGUUCGCCAUCCACUUCACAUGCCUGGUCAACCCCGGUGAGGGUGAUGGUUUCAUGUCCUCCGAGUUCCAGUCUACUUUGAACUCCAAGGGUAUGCAAGACGUCCCGGCCGAUGUUUCCUUUGGCUCGCGUAUCAGCCUUCGUCACCACAACACCCAGGGUGGCUAUUUGCACUCUCACAACCACAUGUAUCCCACCGGUAGCAAGCAGCAGCAGGUCACCCUCUACCCUCACAAGGAUGAGAACAAUGUUUUCAUCAUGGAGAACCAGACACAGCCUCUGGGUCCCUAUGGAGAGAUCGAGGGACCUUAUGCUUGGGACAACCAAACUGCUGGCUUGAUCCAAGAUGGAUCGGUUAUCAGACUCUACCACGAGCUUACCCACCGCCGUAUUCACUCGCACGACGAGCGUCCUCCAGUGACCGAGGCUGAUUGGCAGUUCGAGAUCUCGGCUUACGGUUACGAGGGAUUCCCCGGUGACGCAAACGAUCUGUUCAAGGUCGAGAUUAUCAAGAGCAUGUCCGAGGGCGAGGCGGCCAAGACUCGCCUUCGCACCAUCCAGACCAAGUUCAAGCUUGUGCACGUCAUGACUGGCUGUGUUCUCUUCUCUCACAGAGUCAAGCUUCCGGAUUGGGGAUACGAGCAACAGGAAGUCACUUGCGCUCGUGGUGGUACUCUGCCCAACAGCGUCUGGAUUGUCGAGUCCAAUUCCCACCCUAUGAUGCCUGCGGAUGCCGAGAAGGUCAACUACCGCAACCCCGGCUUCUUGGGUAAGUUCUGGGAGCUGCAGAAGGUGAUGUGGACUACGAACGCCAACUUGGUCGAAUCGCACAACUGGGAUUCUCGUCCUUCAUCUUGGCCCACUCUCCUCCGUGGUAUCAACUUCUGGGGUAAAGACCACCGCCACAUCUACCUGAUUGGUAACCCCCUCAUUUGGUGGUCGACUACCGCUGCCAUUGGUAUCUACUUCGUGGUGAAGGCUAUCUCAGUCCUGCGCUGGCAGAGAAGCUGUGGUGACUACAAGCACGUUUCUUUCAAGCGUUUCGACUACGAGGUUGGCACCACUGUACUCGGAUGGUUCUUCCACUACUUCCCAUUCUACCUCAUGGCCCGUCAGCUCUUCCUGCACCACUAUCUCCCCGCCCUCUACUUCGCCAUUAUGGUCUUCUGCCAAGAGUUCGACUUUGUCUUCAACCGUUUCAAGAGCCUGGGCUUCACAUCUAAGCCUAUUAUUGGAAAGGCUGUGAUGGCUGCCUUCCUUGGUCUCAGUGUUGCUUCCGCCUGCGAGAGCUCCAAGCUGCUGAGCGGCUGGGACUUCAACUGCAACACCUUUUACACCGACUUGAGUCAAUAUAUCACGGACGUGCCUUCCAUCGGCGCAAUCCCAACCACCCCCGCCGUCCAGGCCGCCGUCCCCGAGGCCAAAAAGGCCCAGGAUCCCGUCGACGCCGCACAGGACCAAGACCAAGCCGCCGUGACCGAGCCCAAGCUAUCCGGCUCCGUGGCCCGCGUCGAGUACCGCGACCAGAAUGGUAACAUCCUCGACGAUUCCCUCGUCUCCUCGCUACGCUCCGAGGGCAAGGUCAAAUUCGAGACCCGCUACGAGUCCAAGCGUCUCGAGAACGCACAGGAAAUCCCCAUCGUGGACGGUCAGCUCGCACCCCCACACCCGGACGUCGAAGGCCAGAACCCCGAGACUGGCUCUAAUGCGGCAGACUCGGCUGCCCCCGAGAGCCCUGCCUCUGUCGUCGGUGGUAAUGAGCGCUCGGUCGAGAAGCCUAAUGAGCCUGUCCCGAGCCCUGCUAGCGAGGGUAACGAAGCUACUAAAUAA